AUGACCCGGUUUGGCUUUGCUAGAGGUUGGAUUUCUAUGGUGAUGCAAUGCGUGAGUACAGUGCAGUACUCCUUUUUUAUCAGAGGGCGGCCACGAGGAUAUGUUUCCCCUAGCAGGGGAUUAAGACAAGGUGAUCCAUUGUCACCUUAUCUUUUUCUUCUGGGAGCAGAAGGAUUUUUAGCUUUACUCCAGAAGAGUCUAGUUGCAGGUACUCUGCCAGGCAUUGCAGUUUGUCCUAAUGCACCCCCGAUAAAUCACUUGUUGUUUGCGGAUGAUAGUAUGCUCUAUGCUCGGGCUUCGUUGGAAGCAUGUAGUGUCAUUCAGGAAGUGUUGGAGACUUAUAGGAGAGCUUAUGGUCAGGUGGUUAAUUUUGCCAAGAGUUCGGUGGUGUUUAGCAAAAAUGUACCGGUUGAUAUACAGGAUGAUAUUUCUGGUGUAUUGCGUGUGGAGGUGGUGGAGUCUCAUGCCAAAUAUCUAGGUCUUCCCACUUAUGUAGGGUGUAAGAAAACAGCUACUUUUCAGUAUAUCAAGGAGAGAUUGUCAAAAAAGCUUACUUCAUGGCACGGUAAAUUAUUGAGUGGUGCAGGAAAAGAUAUUUUGAUUAGGGUGGUGGCUCAGGCGUUACCUAAUUAUGCAAUGAGUGUCUUUCAACUUACUAAGAGUUUUUGUGAUGAUCUGGAACAACAGUGUGCACGAUUUUGGUGGGGAAGCACGUUAGAUAAACGGAAAAUCCACUGGAAGAAUUGGAAUGCUUUGUGUAAUCCGAAGGAAGAUGGUGGGUUAGGCUUUCGAAGCCUAUCCAAUUUCAACUCUGCUAUGCUAGCCAAACAAGCUUGGAGGAUUGUGAAUCACCCUUCAUCGCUUGUUGCUCGGAUUUAUAAAGCGAGAUAUUUUCCGGAUACUUCUUUCUGGGAGGUAACUUCUCAUGCUUCUCCCUCGUACUCGUGGAGAAGCAUUUUCUCAACUCGAGAUAUGCUGAAAGAUAGUUGCUACUGGCAGGUGGGCAAUGGAGAGAAUAUUGAUAUCUACUCAGAUCUUUGGGUAGUGGCUUUACCGCUUGGGAGGCCCAUACCUUCAGGAUUGGCUACAGUUGAGGUUAGUAAAGUUCACGAGUUGUUAAGUGGUACUGGUGGAUGGAACAUUCCUUUGUUACAAGAAAUUUUCACAGGGGAGGAAGCCACGGCAGUUGCUACAAUUCCAUUGAGUAGGAGAGCAGUCAUUGAUAGGCUUUGUUGGAAGCUUUCGAAGGAUGGAAAGUUCUCGGAAAGAAAUGAUCGGGUUUGGAAUCAAAAGAGGUGUGAGGCCAGGGAUGUGAGUUUGGGGAUUGUCUCUAGGCUGCAAGAAUUUACGGUUCACAAUUUGAAACCCUACCAACCUAAGGUUAAACGUGGAGCAGUGUGGAAAGCUCCUCCUGUGGGGGUGGUGAAGGUCAAUGUUGAUGGGGCAUUCCAUCACACUUCCAGGAAGGGUGGCUUGGGUUUUGUUUUCAGAAAUGAGAAUGGAAUAAUGCUGGGUGGUGGCUCCUGGCCCUUGAGCGGGUUGAAUUCCCCAAAACAUGUUGAAAUUUUGGCAUGCAAGGUUGCUUUAGAGUUUGCGGAGGUGCAUGGUUUUGGACCUGUUAUUUUAGAGACUGAUGCUUUAGAGGUUCAGUGUCAACUUUCUUUGCAUGACUCUGUCAAUUUAUCAGGGCUAGGUAGAAUAUAUGAUGACGUUGUGGCUCUCUUGGAGGCUCACAGUGUUAUCCAGGUGACUCAUGUGGGUAGGAAAGAAUUUUACAAGCUGCAAUUGCAGUUGACCUUUGUACUGUGUAAUCUUUUCUUCCUUUAA